AGUCUUAUUGUUCGUAUGCAACUUGCAGAAGCCGAGCAUGAAAAAAUUUUGCAAGAAGAAAACAAAUUGAAAGAUGAAAUUCAUGAUCUGCGACAGCUAUUAGAAGCAAGUGAGUGCAAAUUGAAAGAGUUGCAGUCUACCGCGGAUGGUUUGAAAAGGCAAGCAGAAGAAGAUGAAAAGAUCAAGAAAGAUUUAAAAGAAAAAAUCGAAUUGCUAAUGAAGGAAAAGCAGGAACAAAAUGAAAGGGAGCUAAAGAAUCAGGAAGGGCUCAAAAUACAAUAUCAACGUUUAAUAAAGGAAAGACUGAGCGAGGAAAGAAAGCAGUUUGAACUGAACAAUGCAGCACCUUCGGCUUCUUCUAUUAGUGGAGGAGCUGGUCUUGUUGAAAAAUUACAAGCCAAUCUUCGCCGACUUGAAAAUCAGGUUAAUUUCUACCAAACACAGCUACAAAACGCUUCGCAGUCUCGAGGAGAGUUAUCAGAGGAAGUCUUACAUUUAACGCAAGAAAUUGAUCAAUUACGGAAAGAUGCGAAAAAAUCGGAAGAUCUGGAACAUGAAUAUAAAGACCUACAUGCUAGAUAUCAAACAUCCCUAGAACUGUUAGGAGAACGGACAGAAGAAGUGCAAGAAUUGAAGGCAGACCUUCAGGACGUGAAAGAGAUGUAUAAAUCACAAAUUGUAGAACUUGUGCAGAAAAUAGAUCAACUAAGCUCUCCAUCUAAGAAAUAA